AUCUUCCUGCGACACUGAGUCCUCUAUGUGUGGAGAACCCUGUGGAACAGUAGAAGGGCUAUCUGUGGCAAAGAAACGAGCGUCGCGGAUUGAGACAGAGCCGAGGUUAUGCUAUCAACUGUAUCUGUUGUGAGGGAAGAUCGUGAGGCUUUCUCUUGUGGACGACUGCACGCAAGCAGCGUUCCUAAGCUGUUGGUGUAGUCACAUACACCACGGGACCCAGUAGGAAGGUAGCAAGUUAGAUAAUUGCAAACCAUCCCUAGAGAUAGCUCUUUGAAAGAUUAGCUAGCCUGUUGGCUAACGUAGUAGGGUUACCCAGCUAACGUUGGGCUACUGCUGGGGAAAUACGACUCUCAAAGAGAGAGAGAGCCCGGCAUCCACAGCCUCGAGUUCUGCUUCAUUUGGGCUUAACGACGUUCUACCUGAGAGGAGGAAAUACAAACCGAUGAUAGAGGGACCUUGUCAUUAGACGUCACAUUACAUUUUCUGAGCAGACAACUCUCUGGAGGAGGCUACCCUGAUCUUAGUGUCUGCUGCAGGUGCCCAGACUCCAACAGCCGUGGAAUUCACCAGUAGAGGAGCAGCAGUGCCCUGAGGGGGACCGAUAGACUCAAUGCCAAGCCUUUCUCCUCCUCAGACAGCUUAGUGAAGGUGCAGGAGGUAGCAAGCUGGCUUUUGGAAAUGAACCAGGAUCUGCUGUCGGGGGGCAGCAGGCGGAGGGGGGGGGCCGCGGCCACGGCCAGGGCCGGGGGGUCGAGGUAACGGCUCCUCGGCCCGCGCGGCGGUGGCAGCGGCCUCGGGCACGGCCUCGGCACACCAGCCGGGCCAGGAGGCUGACGAGGAGGAGAACAUGAACCGCGUGCUGGAGGAUGAAGAGCAGGAACGACCCAGAGCCGCAGAAGCAACAGCAACAGCAGCGGCCCCCGCAGGCCAGCCUGUCCGAGACGGAGAGGAGGAAGAGGAGGGCGAGGAGGAGGAAGAGGAGGGCGAUGAAGAAGAGGGCGAUGAAGACGAGGAGGAGGAGGAGGAGGAAGAAGAGGAAGAGGAGGAGACGUGGCCCUCGGGAGAGAUGGACAGCAAUGAGGAUCGUGGUGAGGGCGCCCCCCAGAGGCAGCGCAGUGAGCUGAACGGAGCGGAGCAGGGAGCGUGCUGGGCAGCGGAGGACCGACGCCGGCAGGACCAGGAGGAAGAGGAGGAGGAAGAGGAGGGGGAGGAGGAGAACAACAACAGCAGCAGCAGCACGGGGGAAGGAGGAGCAGCGCGGCACAGAGCCGAGGAGGAAAGGACAGAACGGGAGACGGAGGGAGGCCCAGGGGCCCAGGAGGAGGAGGGGGGCGAGGAGGAGGAGAUGGACCAGGACAGUGACGAGUUUGAAAACUCGGAUGAGAGUGAGCGAGAGGAGGAAGAGGAGGAAGAGGAAGGGGAAGAGGGCCUCCCCUCCCUAAAGAACAGUGUAGCAGACUCUACUGACAACGUGGAUGCCCCGUCAGGAAGACCACAUCAGACUCCAGCCUCACUUCUCAAGAGGAAGAUGAAGAGAAAGUUGGACCAUGGUCCAGAGGUCCGAUCUUUCCCUUCAGGGAAGAAGCCCUGCAAAGGCCCAGAUUACUCGAGCCCCACAGGGCUCGUCCCGUACCCUGCCACUCCCACAACGUUUGGGGACCUGCGGGCGGCCAACGGCCAGGGCCAGCAGCGCCGCCGCAUCACCUCCAUCCAGCCCCCCAGCGGCCUGCAGGAAUGGCUCCGCACCUUUCAGAGUUGGAGUGGUCCAGAGAAGCUGCUGGCAUUGGAUGAGCUGAUAGACAGCUGUGAGCCCACGCAGGUGAAGCACAUGAUGCAGGUGAUCGAGCCCCAGUUCCAGCGGGACUUCAUCUCACUCCUGCCCAAAGAGCUGGCGUUGUAUGUGCUGUCAUUCCUGGAGCCGAAGGACCUGCUGCAGGCGGCUCAGACGUGUCGCUACUGGCGCAUCCUGGCCGAGGACAACCUGCUCUGGAGGGAGAAAUGCAGGGAGGAAGGUAUUGAUGAGCCUCUGCACAUCAAACGGCGGAAAGUAAUCAAACCCGGUUUCACGCAUAGUCCCUGGAAGAGUGCCUACAUCAGGCAGCACAGAAUAGACACCAACUGGAGGAGAGGAGACCUCAAAUCCCCCAAGGUGCUGAAGGGCCACGACGAUCACGUGAUCACCUGCCUCCAGUUCUGCGGAAACCGCAUCGUCAGCGGCUCGGAUGACAACACGCUCAAAGUGUGGUCAGCAGUCACCGGAAAGUGUUUGCGGACACUGGUGGGCCACACGGGUGGCGUGUGGUCGUCCCAGAUGAGGGACAACAUUAUCAUCAGUGGCUCGACGGACCGCACGCUGAAGGUGUGGAACGCCGAGACGGGGGAAUGUAUCCACACGCUGUACGGACACACCUCCACUGUGCGCUGCAUGCACCUUCAUGAGAAAAGGGUGGUGAGUGGUUCCCGGGACGCCACGCUGCGUGUGUGGGACAUCGAGACGGGUCAGUGUUUGCACGUGCUCAUGGGCCACGUGGCGGCCGUGCGCUGCGUCCAGUAUGACGGGCGCAGGGUCGUGAGCGGUGCCUACGACUUCAUGGUCAAGGUGUGGGACCCUGAGACCGAGACCUGCCUGCACACACUGCAGGGCCACACCAACAGAGUCUACUCCUUACAGUUCGACGGCGUGCACGUGGUCAGCGGCUCGUUGGACACGUCGAUCCGCGUGUGGGACGUGGAGACGGGGAACUGCAUCCACACGCUCACCGGGCACCAGUCCCUCACCAGCGGCAUGGAGCUGAAGGACAACAUCCUGGUGUCCGGCAACGCCGACUCCACCGUCAAGAUCUGGGACAUCAAGACGGGCCAGUGCCUCCAGACACUUCAAGGUCCCCACAAGCACCAGAGCGCCGUCACGUGCCUCCAGUUCAACAAGAACUUCGUGAUCACCAGCUCGGAUGACGGCACGGUCAAGCUGUGGGACCUGAAGACGGGCGAGUUCAUCCGCAACCUGGUGACGCUGGAGAGUGGCGGCAGCGGCGGCGUGGUGUGGCGCAUCCGCGCCUCCAACACCAAGCUGGUGUGCGCCGUGGGCAGCCGCAACGGCACCGAGGAGACCAAGCUGCUCGUGCUGGACUUCGACGUGGACAUGAAGUGACUUGCGAGGUUUUUUUCUUUUUUUAAAGACCGGGGAAGAUGAUGUGGAGGAGGUGGUGGAGGAGGAGGAGGGGAGAAAAAGAGGGAGAGAUUGAGAGAGAAUAAGAGCGAGUGAGUGAAAGAGGGGUUGAGGGUGGAUGGCUGAGCCCCUCUUUGUGGAGCUCAAUGUCACAAUCCAUCGCUUGCUCUUUUUUUAUUUAAACAGCAACAAAAAAAUGUAUCUCUCCAACCAUCUCCAGCCAGCCCUCCCCAUCUGCUGGGUGGUGGUGAUGAUGAUGGUGGUGGUGGUGGUGGUGUUAUCUGGCUCUACAGUUUCUCCAUCACCCUCUCUCUCUCCCCCUGGCUGGACGGGGUGGUUGACACGGGGGGCCUUUGCUUGGGGCGGACGACGUGAGCAAGGACGACGUGGAGGAGGGGCUGAGACAGAGGAGAGGACUGGACUCUUGCGCUGCCCCCUCCCCCCACCCUCCGGAUGUGCGUUUGCAGCAGGAGGUCGACUUGCUUACGGCAGCAGCAGCCACACAGACAGACUGGUCUGCACUUGCCAGCAAUGCUGUGUUGAGAUGUACAAAACCCACAUGAUUUUAGCCCCCCCACUCCCACCCCACCUCCUUCACCUGUUUAGAGCAGGCCAAGAGCGCGCCAUCACCAGGCAGCAGUAAACACACACACCUACACACAUGCACACUCACUCACUCCCAGAGACCUCCGAUUGAGUUACUUUCACAGUGCUGCUUAUGGAGCCCCCCACCACGGCUGAUAGGGUUUGGGUAUGGGAGCACAUGGCACAGAGUAGAGAGGCGUGGACUGGCCUGAAGGAUGCCCCCAGCCCUGGUGGCCUAGGCCCUGGGACAGGUGCUCUCCAGCCCUGGUGGCCUAGGCCCUGGGACAGGUGCUCUCCAGCCCUGGUGGCCUAGGCCCUGGGACAGGUGCUCUCCAGCCCUGGUGGCCUAGGCCCUGGGACAGGUGCUCUCCAGCCCUGGUGGCCUAGGCCCUGGGACAGGUGCUCUCCAGCCCUGGUGGCCUAGGCCCUGGGACAGGUGCUCUCCACUUUCUUUCUGUGCAUUUUGGUUUGUUUCCUUUUUCUUCCUCUCUCCAUCACUUUGUUUCCUGGCUUUGAGUUCCUCACAAACAAACACGGACUACGAAACCUUUUAGUGUGCUCCACAAAUGUCCUGUUCCCCUCUUGUUUUGCCUGCUGUUGCCAUUAGCAACACAUCCCAGUAUUAAGCUGUUCUUUGCUGUUCACGUUACAUUCUCUCUAUUUGUUUGGAUUUUUGUUGGAUUUUUCCCCUCUCUCCUUCCAUUUCUUUCUCUCCCCUUCAUGCACAGAGCUGACAAGAAGUCCAGCCUCCAGCUCAGUGUCUGGUCAUUGGCCUUUAUGUUGGAGAGCCUGGACAUUUAGUCACCUCAGCCCAGGUGUUUAAAGCUGAGGAUGGGGGUAGAGGCGGGAGGUGUGUGUGUGUGUGUGUGUGAGGGGGUGAGUGAGUGUGCAUUUGCGUUGUGGUGGUGGCGAGCAAGCAUCACCUCAGCUCCUGGGAAGCGCGCUUUUUCCCCCAGUACUGUUUCUCCCAGUGGCCAAACGGAAUUCAUGCUGCUAGACAGAGAAAAGCAAGGUGGAACUUUUAACUCGCUGUGACGUUUUAGUCCCAGACUAAAUUCCAAAAAUUGACUCUAUAUAGUUUGGACAGAGGAAAAAAAAAGAUGCGCAGUGGAAAUUACAACCGACAUUUUUUUGUGUGUGUUUUUGUUUUGUUUUUGCCACUGAAACUUGAGCCAAAUGUGCCUCUACGAGGCUGAGCAGAGAGAGUGAUGAACAGACCAGGACAGGUUUGCCCGAGGAGACAGGAUAGGAUUGACAUGAGCAAAUUAAUGUGUGUGUGUGUGUGUGUGUGUGUGUGUGUGUGUGUGUGUGUGUGUGUGUGUGUGUGUGUGCACUGUGUGAGGUCUUGGAUAAUUGUAAACACAUUCCUUUGGACAAAGCUCUGUUAGCCUGUACUCCUUUGAAAUGUAUGUUUGACAGGAUUACUAAAGCAACAGCCCAGUCAGGGUUUUAAAGUGAAUGAGAACUGUCCAUGUAGCUGUCUAUGAGCUUGAUGUCUGUGUUUCGUUCACUCGAAUGUUUUUUUUUUUUUUUUCCAACUGAUUUCAGAGGCAUCACCAUUAAACCAACUGACAGGUCCAUGUGGUGACAAGGAAGAGUGUAGUGUUUGAGAUGUUACAGCAACAGACCCCUUCACGCUCUCAGAGCAAGGCAGGGGACACGCAGCAACACAGGCAAAUGAAUUCAAGGUGAACAUAGCCAAACGAUUAGUCUCAUUCUCCAAGUCACACAACUCAAGCUGAACUGUGAAAGUGGUAUAACACUGUAUAUUAUAAAACAAUCUUGCUCUCUCUUAUCUGUUUUUUUUUUUCUUUUUUUAUUUCAGUUUAAUUUAUGAUCUGGUUUUUAAAAAUCAGAUGUCGGAGGUGUUUUUAUUUUUCAUUCAGUUCAUGUAACUGCCUGACAUAACAGACAGAAAAAAACUUAAAGGGAUUGUGUAUUGUUUGAUUCACUUAGAAUUUUUAUUUUCUUAUAACUUAAGUGCAAUAAAAUGUGUUUUUUCUUUUUCA